CUUCGUAGGCAACGCUUAACCCUGUUUACGAACACCGAACACGUGCCUUUAAAACCGUAACCGUAACCGAAAACAAUGUGUAAUGCAGAUAUAAAGUUCUUCAAGUCGUGUGGUAUGAUCUAUCUAAGGCUACUGUAAAUAGGUUUUUGUAUAUAAUAUUUUUUUUUUUCUUGUGAUCUAAAGUUAUUUAAGUAGUGCUCUAUCGUCAUGUCUGGGAGGAAGGUGCCUCAAAACUUGUCACACCUAGUGCACGGAGUAAAAUUUUAUGACAUUGAACCAGUUUCAAUUACGAACCUGUGCUUUAAUGAAAGUCUACGCUCUCUUGCUGUCAGCAGGUCUGAUAGUUCGGUUGAAAUAUGGAAUAUUCGAAGUGCAGCCCACGUAGACAGAAUUAUUCUUCCACAAGAGGGCAUUUCGAUCCAAUGCAUUAUUUGGUCUGGUGAGAGAUUGUUUUGUGGAACCCUACAAGGCUCAGUCAUUGAAUAUGAUCUUCUGAGUUUGUCUCCUUUGAACUCGCUACCUGUAACUUCUGGCACAUGUUGGUGUUUGGCACCCAAUAAGUCAAACUCUUUACUGGCCGUGGGAACGGAGGCAGGUUACAUCAACAUACUCAACACUGAGAACAAUAUGUUAAUGUUUGAAAAAUUAUUGGAUAAGCAAGAAGGGCAAAUAAUGUGUCUGGCGUGGGAUUUUUCGGAAAUUCAUCUCGUGAGCGGAUCGGUUGACGCCGUGAGAGUAUGGGAUGCCAAAACUGGACAAGCCACUUUUAAAAUGACAACUGGUCGCGCUGAAAACAAAGAACCCACCAUCGUCUGGUGCCUUUGCGUGACAGACGAUUUUACCAUCAUCACCGGAGAUUCAAGGGGCAAAUUAUGUUUCUGGGAUGGUCACAUGGGAACUGCAAUUUCAUCUCAUCAAACCCACAAAGCAGACAUUUUGGCAGUUGUGAUGGCCCAAAAUCAAUCCAUGCUUUAUUGUGCAGGUGUUGAUCCUUUAAUUAUGUCGUUCGAAAAAACCAACUUAACUGGUGAAAGAAUGACUUGGGUUAAAUCGGUUCAAAGAGUCAUCCAUGACCAUGAUGUUAAAGCUCUAGCAGUGGUUGACAAUCAGCUGUUUUCAGCAGGUAUAGAUGGCUAUUUGGCUCUUAGUGGUUUUGUGCGUUACAAUGAUCACUCUUUCUCAGCUCAAGUUCGGCCCUAUCAGCAAAGCAACAAAUUACUUUACAAAUAUCCUCCUUUAUUGCAGCCUCCGCGAGCAGUUAUCUCGGAAAGCAAACGCUGCAUUCUGCUUAAAUACAAAACUAAAUUAGAAGUUUGGAAGCUAGGCUCUGCCAAUUCAAGUUAUGGUGCAAGAGAUCCAGAAAAGAUAAACCUAGAAAUUCAAGAGGAGCCCAAAAAAAUGCUAGAACUUCAUUCUGUUCAAAAACAAAGGAUUAGAUGCUGUGCAUUCUCUCCGGAUGGAAAUUUAAUUGCUUAUUCUACAGAUUUCAAGCUUCACUUGUUCAAGUUAGAAAUUAAUGGUGAAAAAUGUUCUUUGAAGAAAUUGGAAAACCUUCCUGAGCAGUGCAUAGCAUCUUCUUGCAUGAAUUUUGGAUUUAAUAGUAAAUCGUUAGUUCUGGCCACUCUUGACGGAUGCAUAGUACAUAUGCAGAUCAAAGGAAAGGAAAAUAAUUUCAUCGUUUCAAAUGUCUUCAAAACUCGUGAUGAAGUUUUAGUCGAUCUAAUCCAUUUACUUGCACUUUCAUGUGAUGGAAAGUACAUAAUUGCAGCCGAUAGACAGAGUAACAUUGGGGUUUGGUCUUUAAAAGGAUUCAAAACAAGCCUUCCAAGGUACACCCACGCGCCAACUGCAAUGGCCAUCAAUCCUUUGUCAAAUUUUUUGAUAGUUGUUUAUUCGGACCAUAAGCUGAUAGAGUAUGAUCUCGAAGCCUGUAAAUACACGAAGUUUACACAAACGUUUUCCAAUGAACACCUCAGGCAGUGGACAGCUCGGUGUUUCCCCAUAGAAGGAAUAAUUUUUGAUAGAAAAGAUCAGAAUAUCUUCAUGAUAUACAACGAUUCAACAAUCUGUGUUAUUGACAAAGAAAAGAGAUUGAUUCCAAGUAAAUGCAAGAGCAAAAUUCCGCGAUUGAACGAUUCUUACAACUCGAUGCAAGAAGGUUAUGAUGAUAAUGAAGUAAAUGAUAGAAACUGUGAAGAAUCAUCUCAUUUUCUCUUGAAGAAAUUUAAGCACAUAGCGUAUCUAGACUGGCUCAGUAAGGAUGAAUUGGUUGUUGUGGAAGUGUCUCCUGUAUCUUUACUAGAAAAACUACCUCCUGUAUUGAAAAUUAAACGAUUUGGGAAAAUGUAAAACCUCAUCCUUGGAUCAUGAAUUGUUAUCUCAUACCGCACUUACAUUAUGUACAUACUGUUUUUCUACUUUUCGUUUUGAAAAAAUUGCUAAUUUUACACCACA